AUAUAAUGUUUCGCGGCAUCUUUGGGAACACAUUCAAGACGACAUAAAACAUGAGAAGGAACCAUUAGGGAAUGAAGAACAUCACUUUUUCAAAUAUUUCAAUUCAAGAAACAAAUAAGAAAUAUUUUUAUAUUUUUAGAAAAACGAUAUCGAUAGUCAGCUGUUUACAGCACUGAUUUUGGAGCCAAUAAAGCACGCUGCACGUUUGUUUUGAUUUUCGCUGGAAAUAAAAGAAAAAUCCAAAAAUGGCCAAGACUAAACGGAAUGUUCGAGCGAAGGCCAAGAGUGUCGUGGGAGCGGCCAAGCAAAAGGCCCAGGAGCUCCAGGCAAAGCUACGCCAGGAGAAGCUUCUUCACAAAACACUGACUCCCAAAAGUUCAACCACGAAGAAGGAGAAAUCAGAUUUAAAACACAAGAAGUUGCUGAAAAAAUUCGCCGAAACGCGCAAGGAACGCAAGGAGGAGGCUGCCCGCAAGAAUCGGGAGAAGACGAAAGUGAUCGGAGAUCUGAAGCCUCUAAAAGAUGCCCUCCCAUCGCUGCAGGACAUUUACAACCUGGUCAAGACCAAGCAGAAGGACGCAACUGAACAGAAAACGCUUACGGAACCUGAGGCCGCGCUCAGUGCGAAUGAGAAGAUCCGGAAGAAGCGCACGGAGCUGGUGAAUCGUGUCCAAUCUCUCGAAAAGGUUAUCAAGGACAAGAACUUUAAACAGAAUCCCCGCGAGGUGAUUGCCGCCCAUGUGCGCAACAAGUACCAAGCCAUGGAGGAAGACGACGAGUAGCAAGGAAGCCAGGCUAAACUGGACUGAAUGGAAACAAACCACUGCUGUGUGCCUACUAUUUCAUAUAUGAUUUAAAAUAAUUUUAAUAUAAAAUGUAUAAGACCCAUAAUCCUAUUCUUUUUUGUUCUUGAAAUGUCCUGAGCUGCACUCAGAAGGAGAAUUCUCUAUAAGACCAUCUGUAAUGACCGCUGGCAUCCCCAAAAAAAACGCUUUUAUUUAUUAAGAAGUAUCUUUAAUACAUAUGCAUUAGGUAUAGUUAUCAUUUAACGAUGCAUAUAAAUAUUACAUGUACGAAUGUAAGUUGUAAGCAUUUAAUUGUAAGAGGGUCAACAGAACGCGAUUAGAAUUAGACAAGAUUUGAAUGUGAACUCGUAUGUGUUUUAGUCGGCCGGGGCUAUGUGAUCUAUGCUUUCUAGAGCUACAUUACAUUAGAGAGCAAUACAAUAUAUAUGUAUGUCUGCUUUGAAUUCGGAUGUCAACUUGGUGUUGUUUUCUUACAGCGAUUCGGAGUUUUUUGCCUCCGGAAAAGUUAGUCUACUACAUCUAUUUUAUGGUUAUUGUAUUAAUCGGAUUAGCGGGUGCUGGGGCUGGCUCCUCUCCUCCAGUAUCGGUCCAUGUGAGAUCAUAUUUCUUGUCCAUCCAUCGUGUUCAUUGCGCCGCCUGCACUAACAGCAAAAAUUAACAUAGCUAUUUGAAAACUGUCUCCCAUAAAAUGGCAUUUCUUCAUUUACAAAAUGUAGGUGUGUAUCUUCAGCUUCUACACUCUUAAUUCGUCCUAAACUUAGGUUACAACCUACGUUACGUCGCUAUCGUGGUUUUGUAUUUUUUUUUUUUUUUUGAUUAUAUUUAUAUUAUAUGCGACAUCCUCUGUAUGUAGAUGCUAGACUCGUGGUUUUCUUUUAUAGAAAAUAUAAUAUAGAAAUAAAGUAUAGAAAAUAUAAA